UUAUUAUCACUUUGUAAACAAAUGUUGAAAAGCCAGGAUUUGUCCAAUCUGAAGCAUUUAUAAUUCAAAUAAAGUUGAAAUUUUGCCCCCUCUGCUGCUUUUUCUGCUUAAGUAUAGUGUUUCUUGAGAUAAUACCGUAAUUCCGUCUUACAUUUCUAUGAAAUAUAGCUUUUUAGUGAUAUUCCCCAAGCAAAGGAAUAGGAUAGGAACUUAUGUGAACCCUUGUAUCUUUUAUAAUAAAAAUGGUAAUGUGCUUUGCCCCGGAUUGUAAACACUAUGGUGAAAGAGGUAAAUGUAUAUUAUUUGUGUUUCCAAAAGAUCUGGUUGACAAGAAGAAAUGGAUUUCAUUACUACGAUUUUCCAACAAUCACUUGCACCGCUUCAAAAGGAGACUUGUGCAUACCUAUCAGGCAAUGUCCAUAUUUUAACGAUCUUCUGAAUAAUAAUCCAAUACCUCGACCCAGAAAUGUGAUAACUGCCAUCAGAGAAAAUCAAUGUGGGUUUAAAGGAAAUACACCCUAUGUGUGUUGUAGUAGGCCUACCACUCUUCCCCCAGAAACCACAACGGAAUAUAAAAUGGUAUCUCCUUACUCCACACACUUAUCUGAUAGAUUUUCAGAUUCUCUAACAAAACACUACAACUACCGUUUGCUACCACAGAAUAUUUGUGGAGUUGUGAGCACAGGUUCGAGAAUUACUAAUGGACAGACUGCUGGAUUAAAUGAAUAUCCAUGGAUGGCAUUAAUAUUUUAUAAUAGUUCAGAUGGUAUAAUUGAUUUUAGAUGUGGAGGAUCUGUUAUAAAUGACAGAUAUGUACUUACAGCAGCCCAUUGCGUAUCAGAUCCCUCGGUAAUUGGUGUGCGAUUGGGAGAGUACAACGUACAAACUCAGAUAGACUGCAGUCCAACCACGAAUUACUGCGCACCCCCUACUCAAGAUUUUCAGAUUGAGAAAAUUAUUAUUCAUCCAGCUUAUAACUCCAAAACUUUUUCUGAUGAUAUUGCCUUGAUUAAACUUAAAGGAUCUGCCAAUUUCGAUCUUGAUAACGUAAAGCCAAUCUGUUUGCCUGUAGACUCAACUCUCACCAGUAGAUCUGCAAUUGUAGCAGGAUGGGGAGUUACAGAGGAUGGUUAUAAAAGUCAAGUAUUGCUUCAGGUGCGCAUACCAGUGUUACCUCUUCAGGAGUGCCAAAAGAUAUACGACAACUUUGCCAAAAUUACGUCAAAUCAAAUUUGCGCUGGAGGAUCUAAUGGACGAGAUUCAUGUGGUGGAGACAGUGGAGGGCCUCUUAAAGAAAUUGGAGAAGUAAAUGGAAAAAUGAAAUUUAUUCAACACGGUAUUGUAUCAUUCGGACCAAGAAACUGUGGGACAGAAAGAAGACCUGGUAUAUAUACAAAAGUAUCUAGUUAUAUGAGGUGGAUACUGGAUAAUCUGGAAGAGUAUUAAAUACGUAUCAAGAUAAUUAUUGAUAUAAAAACUGUAAAUAUUAGUUAGAUGGGUUGUAAAAUAUUGGUACUUAGUACCUAAUUAUUAAGGUAGUAAAGUGCCUAAUGAUGAAUCCAGUGAUUUGUUAAUAUGGAGUAUCUCUAUGUUAUUAAAUAAAUGUAUAAUAUAUAUGUAGUCAAAUA